AUGACCACACUCUUUGCCUGGUUCCUGGCUCUUUGCUUGGCUCAUGGGGCAAUUGCGGAUGAGAACAUUCCGGAGGCACUUGAUGCUGAUGAUCAGUGCACUUUGCCGGGCUGCGCAGUGAAUGCGCUUCAGCUCCAUGUGAGGGGCCCUGUGGAGCCUGUGGGGCUGCUGUCCCUGAAUGCGACAGAGGAGGAGCUGAUGGAAUGGCACCAAGACUACUAUGGACACAAGCCGCGCGCGGACAUUUCGGUCGCCAACUACAAGAGCCUCAUGCAAAACAUCAGCGUUCAGCAGAAGGCGAUCUUGGCUCUUUGGAAUAGAAGUGUGAAGCUCGAAGAAGAAGUUCAUGCAUUGGUGCAGCAGGUCCAGCACGAUUCAGGACUAAAGGUUGCAGAUUACAUAGCGCUUGUGGAAGAUGCUGAUAUGCCCUCACGAGAGCAAGCCCAAGAGAAUCAGCAAACAAUGGACUCUUUGCUUCAGACGGAUCCUACAAUGCCAGGAGAUCACAUCGGCAUAGGCGAUGAGCUUUGGAGAAGUGUCAUGGAGAUCAUCACCAAUAUCCACACAGCCAACAAGUCAGCCAACGACCUCAAGGAUCACAUCCAAAAGGUCAAUAAGAUGAUUGUUGACUUCAACGAAGGAAAGCUGAUUCCCAAUGAGGGCAUGGAUGGCACUGGCAAGUGA